AUGCCUACGGCAACGAAAAGAUUGAUGUUCUCAUCCAGCUUUGUCACAAGCUUGGGGGCUUUCAUCGUAAUUUGUUCUAUUCUUACAACUCAAGAAUGGAUCCGCAGUACAGUGGUCAUUAGUGACUCUUCUUCGAAUGGUAGUGUGAUUAUCACCUACGGACUCUUUCGUGGGAAGAGUAUUCAAGAAUUGAAUCAUGGAAUUGCAGAAUCAGACAAAAAUUUUGAAGUUUUAGGGACGCUGAACGAUUCUCCCCCAAAGACUCUACACCUGGUGGUCAUCCUGUUCCUGGUCCUCAGUUUGGUCGCCUCGCUGUUGAGCUCUGGGUUCACCUUCUACAACAGCAUCAGCAGCCCCUAUCAGACGUUCUUGGGGCCGAUGGGGGUGUACACCUGGAGCGGACUCAGCGCAUCCUGCAUAUUCGUAACCAUGGUGCUCUUUGUGGGAAACACACAAUCUAAUCAUCUCUCAGAAGAGCUGGCCCAGAGGCUCUACCCACUUUCUCCAGCAGUCACUCACCAAGGAACCUCCCACAGUUAUGGAUACUCAUUCUGGCUCAUCCUGCUCAUCUUUCUUCUAAACAUAGUCACCGUGGUCAUCAUCUUCUUCUACCAGAAGGCCAGAUACCAGUGGAAGCAGGAGCAGAGAAAGCCCACGGAAUAUGCCCCAAGGGAUGGAAUUUUAUUCUGA